CUCAAAUUAAACGUCAACUGUCAAUUUUCCUAACCAAAAUAUUGAUUUGUUUGAAUUUAGAAAAACAUUGUAAUUUUAUGGAUUGAUUAAAACAAAAAACACAGUUAUACAAAAUGAAUACCGCAAUUAAUAUAGGCGUAGAAGACAUGACGGCCACCAUAGUACGUUACGGUCUAUAUUUAGGAGCGAUUUUCCAAAUAGUCUGUCUAGCGGCCUGCAUUUUCAUUUCCGAUUCACCCGAAGACAACAUUUCUUGGGGCUCCAGAAUUGAUAGCGACGACGAAAGUUCCGAACAAAGCACACCACAAAAUACACCUAGAAGGCCUUACCACAGGUCCCGGAAGCAAGAAAAGAAGAAAAGGCGCUGAAGGUCGCAGAGAGCCUGACCGAUUUUACAUUUACGUGGUUUUAGUGUAUCUUAAGAGCUGCUAUAUAUGGAAAUUUUAAUGUGUGGUGAUAUUUUGUUAUUCAUAGGGUUGCAAACAUUGCACUGACCCCGAGCAAAAAUACACAAAAGAUUUUACUUUUCGAAUCAUUAGUCACUCAAAAAAAAAAGCUAAGUUUACUUCAGUUUUGUGGUUUUAAUGUAAGCUUGUAGCCUGGAGAAUGAUCACCAAAACUGGAGACUCUGGGUCCAAAAUGAUGUUAGCAAUCCUACUUAUUCAUAGAUGUUUUAUAAGUUAAAUAUCUGGAUGUACAGUAUUAAAUAGUAAUAUUAUUUUUGUUAUUUAAAGGUAAAGAAUUAUUUAGGGAGAACGUGAAUAAAGUAAUAAAACAGCAAGAACUUAAAAUAAAUGUUAUAUUUUUAUUUCUAUACACAUAUAAAUUUAAAGCAAUAUUAGCAAAAAAUAACAGCCAUUUUUAAAACUAUACAAUAACGAACUAUAAGUACAUUUUUUUGGUACAUUUUUAAUUAUCUUUUUACAAAAAUAGUGCAUCCAACACUUAAUUAAUAAGUAAUUAAUAAAUAUAUUUUAAUAUAUUAAAAAAUUAAUAGAAAAUAAGGAAAUAUGUUCAAUAACGGACACUAGCACCAUUUUAUUUCAGUUUUGAAUAAAAAUAAAACCAAAAACCUGGUAUUAUUAACUCAAAACGAUCAGUGCUGUGUCUAUUUUAAGAGGUAUCUGUGAAUACUAGAGGAAAUAAUAUUUAAGAACUAAAUUUAAUUUUUUUUUCUAGCUACCCAAUAAGCAUUUUUUUAACAUUUAUAAAAUUGACAAUACCUUGCUUUCAAAAAAUAUAUAACAAUUCCAAAAUUACCAGUAGAAUGUUGUUCCAAGUUUUAUUGGUUCAGACAGCAUAUUAAUUCUUUUUUGAAUUGCUAGAAGGACUAAAGAAACAACCUAUCCUAAUUAGGACAAAAAUGGCGGUACAUUUUUUCUGGGAUUUCUUCAGAUCCAUCUGAAGCAUAAAUAAACUAAUUUUAAGUAUCCUAAAUAAUACAAACAUUUUAGAAACGUUAUAUCUGCUUUAAAAAUUGUCAAAAAUUUACUAUGAAGGCGUCGUUAGUAGUGGAAGUUAAAUGUUUGUAAAUUUCUAGAUUUCGUCAUAUACAGGAUGUCCUAAGAUACAUAACAUGAAGAAAAUUUAAAAUAACCUUACCAUAUUUAUUUCCUUACACUUGGUCAAAUAGUAACAGGUUGCGCAUUUUAAAGACUCUUUCGUUGUUUUAUUUAUAUAUAUAAAAAAAUAAUAGUUCAAAUGCAUCUUAUUUAUUUUGUAUAUUUGCAAUAGAAAAUGGUUUGUUAAUAAAUUGGCAUUUUUAUAAAAUAAUCAGUUUGUUUAAACAAACUCUUUUUAGUAGUUCAGAGGUAUCUCACCAAUUUUUGGAUAUUUAUAAUUAAAAAUUGUCAAUUGAAUAAAAAAUUAAUAUGUAAGUACCACAUAAUUUUCCCAUUUUUUUUUUUUUUUUUUUUUUUUUUUUUUUUAUAAAAAUUCGUUGUAGUUCAAGUAAAAAAUUACCGACAACAUGGGUAGUUCAUAUGAACCAGAACAUUUUCAAGUAUUUGCGAAUUAAUAUAUAAAUACUACAUAACUCUUUUUUUUUAAUAAAAAUUAAUUGAGUAGUUUAAAUGUAUCUUUCAUGUUUUUCAAUUUGAUUCCAAAAAAGGCCGAAAAUGUGGGUAGUUCAUACGUACCACAACAUCUUUGAGUAUUUAUGAGAUAAAAACUUUUUGUACAGAGUAGUUCAAAUGCCCCUAAAUAUUUAUUUUUUUACCAAAAUAUAGAAUAAAUGUAGUUCAUCUGCAUCGUUUCGGUUUCUUUUGUUAAUGAAAACAAUUUUUAGAUUUUUAUAUUUAAAAAUAGUCAAUUGGACAAAAAAUUAAAUAUGUACCACGUAAUUUUCCCAACUAUUUUAAAUAAACAUUCUUUGAGUAGUUCCAACGUAUCAUGGUACAUUUUUAAAUUAACUUUCAAAGAUAAUCGGCAACAUGUGUAGUUCAUAUGUACUGCAACAUUUAUGACAUAAAAAAAUCUUUUGUAUCGAGUAGUUCAAAUAUACCAAAAUAUUUUUUACAAAAAAUAAUCGAUUAACUAAACAUACAGUUCAGCCGCACCGUUUUCUUUUGUUUAAACACAUUUUUUAGUAGUUCAAAAGUAUCUCACCAAUUUUUGGAUAGUUAUAAUUUUAAAAAAAGUCUGAUUUCAAAAAUGACGGAAAAUGUGGACAGUUCAUACGUACAGCAACAUUUUCGAGUAUUUACGAGAUACAAACUUUUUUGUUUAAGCAAACAAUUUUUAUAUUAAAAAAUUAAAUUCCCAACUUUUUUUAAAUAAACAUUUGAGUAGUUCGAAUGCAUCUUAGUAUGUAUUACAAUUUAAUUUCAAAAAUAAUCGGCAACAUGUGUAGUUUAUAUGUACCGCAACAUUUACGAGAUAAAAAACUUUUGUAACGAGUAGCUCAAAUGUACCAAAAUAUUUUUUACCAAAAAAUAAUCGAUUAAAUAAAUAGUUUCUCUGCAUCGUUUUCUUUUGUUUAAACAAACACUUUUUAGUAGUUCAAAUGUAUCUUACCGAUUUUUGGAUAUUUAUAAUUAAAAAUAGGCAAUUGAAUAAAAAUGAAUAUGUAAGUAUGUAUUGCAUAAUUGUCUAAUUAUUUUUUUAAUAUAAAAAUUAGUUGAGUAGUUUAAAUGUUUCUUGUUUAAACACGGGUAGUUCAAAUGUACCGUAACAUUUAUGAGAUGAAAAAAACUUUUUUAAUGAGUAGUUCAAAUGUACCAAAAUAUUUUUUACUAAAAAAAUAAUCGAUUAAAUAGUUCAUCUGCAUCGUUUUCUUUUGUUAAAACAAACACUUUUUAGUAGUUCAAAUGUAUCUCAAACGAUUUUUGUAAAUUGUAUAAAAAGUUAUAUACCACGUAAUUGUUUCAUUCAAUUUUUUUAAUAAAAAUUUCUUUGAGUGGUUCAAAUGUAUCUUGUCAUAUUUUUCAAUUCGAUUACAAAGAUAGUCGACAAAGUGGGUAGUUCAUAUGUACUGCAACAUUUUGUAUUUAUGAGAUAAAAAAACUUUUGUCACGAUUAGUUCAAAUGUACCUAAAUAUUUUACCAAAAAUAAUUAAUUCAAUUAGUUCAUCGGUGUCGUUUCGUUUUCUUUGUUUAAACAGAAUUCUUUGAUUUCAAAGAUGGUCGAUAACAUGAGUAGUUCAUAUGACCGCUAAAUAUUCGAGCUUUUAUAAGACCAAAAAAUAGUUGAUUAGAUAAGUAGUUCAUCUGCACGGUUUCGUUUUCUCUUAAAUAAAAGUUCUUUUAGGAAUAGAUCAAAUAUCUUCUUCUAAAUUUUUCAAUUCUAAGCCAAAAACAGUGGCUAAAAGUAAUUUGACAUUUGUAUUUAAAUAAAAACAUUGUUAAUGAGUAGUUCAAAUGUAUUUCUUUUACAAUUUUUAUCUCAUAAAUAACCGAUUAGAGAUAUAUUUUAUCUCUACCUCAUAGUUUUCUAUUUUUAUUUUAAUUAGUUCAAAUGUACCUAUUUAGUUUUUGAAAUUUUUAAUCAAAAAAUUCUCCAAUAGGUAAAUAGUUCAUCUGUACUAUAUUUUGUAAGAUCUUUUAAAAAAUAAUUAAACUUUAUGUUAUUAACCAUAAAAUAAUUGGACAAUUUAAAAAAAUAAUAACUCAUUAUGAAUAACCUCCACUUGAUUUUUGAAUAUUGAAACAUCAUUUUAAUGAACUUAGAAAUACGCAACUUGUUCCUAUUUUUAACCAUAAUUAAAAAAAAGUGUUUCAUACCUAAUAAUCAACAUCCAUAAUUCAAAACUAAUAAAUUUUUCAAAAUAAAAGUUUAAUCAAAAUGACAAUAAAUAAAAAAAUUAAAUAAACGUUUUUCACUCUUACUUCCAUAACCAGCUGAUCCUCCUUUACCAACAACAUCCAUAAAAAUCCAGAAAUUUACCUUUUCAAAUUUCAUUUUCAGCAUUAUUUAUUUUAUUAAUCAAAAGCAAUUGUGUCUCAAUCAAAAUUCUUUAGGAUUUGAGCGCCGCUAAUCGACUCUGCAUUUCCGUAAUCUCUUCUUCGUCCUCCUCUUCCGGUUCCUCCACAGAGGUCGCUGGUAACGGCGAUACUUUCUCUGCGGCGUCUUGAGGCGGCAGAGGGGCUUCUCCUAUCUUUCCCUCCGUUAUCUCGAACAAAACUUUGUCGAUCUCCGUCUGCG